AUGCGCAUCCUCGCAUUUCUCCCCCUGCUCCUGCUAGGAGCACUGUCAGGCCUUGUUUCUGCGACGGACAAUGGCAAGACAACUGACGUGACAUGGGACAAAUAUAGCCUCUCGGUCAAAGGCGAGAGGGUGUUUGUCUUCUCCGGUGAAUUCCACUACAUGCGUUUGCCAGUGCCGGAACUGUGGCUGGAUGUGUUUCAGAAGCUGCGCGCAAAUGGGUUUAAUGCGGUCUCUAUCUACUUCUUCUGGAGCUUCCACUCCGCCUCCGAGGAUACCUUCGACUUUGAACAUGGCGCCCACGACGUCCAGCGGGUCUUCGACUAUGCCAAACAAGCCGGCCUGUAUGUGAUUGCCCGCGCAGGCCCGUACUGCAACGGCGAGACGUCGGCCGGUGGCUUCGCCUUGUGGGCUGCCAAUGGGCAGAUGGGUAGCGAGCGCACUAGCGCAACAUCUUACUAUGAGCGCUGGUAUCCGUGGAUUCUCAAGAUCGGCAAGAUCAUCGCAGAUAACCAGAUCACCAACGGUGGCCCGGUCAUCUUGAAUCAGCACGAGAAUGAGCUCCAGGAGACCACCCACCUGGCGACUAAUACUCUGGUCAAGUACAUGGAGCAAAUUGCCGCGGCAUUCGAUGAUGCGGGUGUCGUCGUGCCCAGUACCCAUAACGAGAAGGGGAUGCGCUCGCAGAGCUGGUCGACGGACUAUCAGGAUGUUGGCGGUGCGGUGAAUGUGUAUGGCCUGGAUUCGUAUCCCGGUGGCCUUUCUUGCACGAAUCCUAAUUCGGGCUUUAACCUGGUCCGCACUUACUACCAGUGGUUCCAGAACUACUCCGUCACUCAGCCAGAGUUCUUGCCCGAGUUCGAGGCCGGCUGGUUCCAGCCCUGGGGCGGAUACUUCUAUGAUACUUGUGCGGCCGAACAUUCGCCGGAGUUCGCUGAUGUCUAUUAUAAGAACAACAUCGGCUCGAGGAUCACCCUCCAGAGCUUGUACAUGGUCUUCGGCGGAACGAGCUGGGGGCACAGUGCCGCGCCGGUCGUGUAUACUUCGUACGACUAUGCUGCCCCGCUGCGUGAGACCCGCGAGAUCCAAGAUAAACUCAAGCAGACCAAGCUGAUCGGUCUCUUUACUCGGGUUUCCUCGGGUCUUCUCAAGACCGAGAUGGAGGGCAAUGGAACGGGGUACACCAGUGAUAGUAGUAUCUAUACCUGGGCCUUGCGCAACCCGGAUACGCAGGCAGGUUUCUAUGUGCUUGCGCACAGCACGAGUUCCUCUCGCGCUGUGACAACCUUUUCAUUGAAUGUCCAAACUUCGGCUGGCGAUCUCACCAUCCCAGACAUCGAGCUAGCCGGCCGCCAAAGCAAGAUCAUUGUCACCGAUUACGAGGUCGGGAACGCAUCAAGCUUGCUCUACUCAUCCGCCGAAGUUCUCACCUACGCCACCCUCGACGUGGACGUCCUGGUGUUCUACCUGAACAUCGGACAGCAGGGCGUGUUCGCCUUCAAAAAUGCUCCAUCACAGCUGACAUUCAAGACAUAUGGCAACUCGAAUGUGACUUCGACAUCAUCAGGUAACGGAACGCAGUACUCGUAUAUCCAGGGAGAGGGCACCACCGUGGUCAAGUUCUCUAAUGGCGUCCUGAUCUAUCUGCUGGACAAGGAAACGGCAUGGAACUUCUUUGCCGUGCCAACGACUUCCAAUCCGAAUGUGUCCCCGAGCGAGCAGAUUCUUGCUAUUGGGCCGUACCUGGUUCGUGAGGCGAGCAUCAGCCAUGAUACAGUGAGUCUGGUCGGAGAUAAUGCGAAUACUACGUCGCUGGAGGUGUAUCCAGGCAGCUCCAAAGUCACCAAGGUCAAAUGGAACGGCAAAACGAUUGCCACCAAGAAGACCGCUUAUGGCAGUCUUGUGGGCUCGGCUCCCGGUGCAGAAGAUUCCACGAUCUCACUGCCCACAUUGAGUGCCUGGAAGUCCCAAGACACGCUUCCCGAGAUCCAGCGAGACUUCGAUGACUCGCGGUGGACUGUCUGCAACAAGAGCACGACUGUCAACUCCGUCGCGCCGCUCUCGCUGCCGGUGCUAUACUCCGGUGACUACGGCUACCACGCGGGUACCAAGAUCUACCGCGGCCGAUUUGACGGGCAAAAUGCAACCGGCGCCAAUAUCACUGUGCAGAACGGCGUCGCGGCGGGCUGGGCGGCCUGGCUGAACGGCGCCUAUGUCGGCGGUGCCCUGGGCAAUCCCGCCUCGACUUCAACAUCCGCUCAGCUCGCCUUCAAUAGCUCUGCACUCCGUGCUACUGGCAACGUCUUGACCGUCGUCCUAGACUACACCGGCCACGACGAGAACAACGUGAAGCCAGCGGGCACUCAGAAUCCGCGAGGCAUCCUCGGCGCAACGCUCCUCGGCGCCGGCAACUUUACCUCCUGGCGCAUCCAAGGCAAUGCCGGCGGUGAAGCAAACAUCGACCCGGUGCGCGGGCCCAUGAACGAGGGCGGCCUAUACGGCGAGCGUCUGGGCUGGCAUCUCCCGGGCUACCAAGCGCCCAAGAGCGCUGGCACUAACAGCCCUCUCGACGGCGUGUCCCAUGCCGCCGGCCAGUUCUACACGACGACCUUCCGGCUACACCUGGACGCGGAUCUGGACGUGCCGAUUGGGCUGCAACUCGGCGCGGCGGCCAACACCAGCGCCGUCGUGCAGGUCUUCAUGAACGGGUACCAGUUCGGCCACUACCUGCCUCACAUCGGCCCGCAGACGCGGUUCCCUUUCCCGCCCGGCAUUAUCAAUAACCGCGGCGAGAACACGCUUGCGAUUAGUCUGUGGGCAUUGACGGAUGCUGGCGCCGCGCUGAGCCAGGUGGAGCUGGUCGCGUACGGGGCGUACCGGACUGGGUUCAACUUCAACGCCGAUUGGAGGUACCUGCAGCCGCAGUGGAAGAAUAAUCGUGCCCAUUAUGUGUAA